CAAUGAUUGUACAUGGGUAGAGCGCGCUCUCAUUUCUCCUUUUGAGCCUCCUCGUCCGGUUUGCGUGUUAUUCCCUAUCUGAUUCUAUUUACAUCCACUGUGGUCCAGUCACUCAGCGAACUAACUCUUGGAUGCUAGUGCUAUAAUGGUCACGCAUUCUCUCACCCGGCGCUUUCGCCAGCAGACGCUUCAACCAACCCCAAUCAUCGGUGCAAGUCAUCGUACACUUGACGCACGGACCCCUUUCUAGCUCGAAAAAUGCCCCAACAUCACCGCCAGAUGGUUGAAAAGCUCACCGCCAUUUCACUUUCAUUUCUUCACCCUCAACUGCCAUCUUUGCCUUUCUCUUUUUCAAAAUCAACGCCAUCCCUUGUGCCCAUCUCUUAAUAAUCUCGUCAAGUACCUGUAAAACAUCAGCUUUCCGGUGGAGCAACCCUCCUCUUCCACUAGCACAUCAUUAUUCCUACACUAUCAUAGAUUCGUAUCCUCAGCCAAGUCAUUCUGACUGAAAAUCUCUCCUCAUCAUGUCUUUCAACAUAGCUUCUGAACGACCUCGAUCCUCCACUCGUAUCAGGAGCAAGUCGAUUCCUAGGACUAUUUCGCAUCAGCUUAAACAACACACUUACGCCAAGGAACCCAUCCUCUCGGACUCAGACGAUGACACAUCACCCCAAGCCGCGUCGGAGAGCUCCAUUAACAGCGAAAACGCCUACCCAAAGAUACACGACGUUGACGCUUCUGUCCUGCAAUUCCUCGCCGGCCUUCAGCCCCCCGCCAUCACUCCUUGGCAAGAUGCUGGGCCACAUCUGGAUUGGGUGCCAAAAUGGUGGCAUAACGAGCAAAGCCAAGUAUUCAAGGCAGCUUCAAUCGACAAGAAAAGUUUAAACGAAUGGGACUAUUUGGAGGCCCCGUGGCUCGACCGGCUCAAGUGCAAGAUGUCGCCAAGGAAAAGAUUUACAAUUCCUCAGUUGCAGAUACUUGAGGUCCAGUGGAACAAUGACAUUAGUCCGCCAAAGGUUGAUCGGCAGAGAUUGGCAAUGUGGAUGGGUACUAGGACAAAGCAUGUGAAUAUAUGGUUUCAGAAUCGUCGCCAAUACGAAAAGAAAGCCCAUGCCUCCGGAGAAAUUCCCGAGCCAGCAUAUACAAUGGUCGAAGGCCUUGUCGAACCUACCGCGGCUAUGAAGGUGAUAGUCAGCAAGAUUGCUAUUGGAGAACUCAAGGCGGACAAUUUGACAGUUGAGGCCGCAUUCUUUAAUAUUUCUAACAAGAGACGCGCCUUCCGUCCUUCAGUAACGAUGGGCAACACUCGGUCAACCAACGUUCCAUCUUCCACUCCUAGCUACGAAGAACUUCAGACACCUACGCAGGCCAAUCGCAAAUCCACCCAUGGUCAACAAAGCGGCAGGCGACAGGAGGAAGUCAAAAGGCCUAAAAACAUCCACGCUAGGCAGCACUCGGACACGGGCCAAAAAGUUCGCCCCAACGAGGCAGGGGCUCGUACUGACGUCCAAGAACAACGAAGGACAGACAUUAAGUCAUCAAUACAGGUGUACCAUCACACGCCACAACAACGGCACUUCGCCUCCAUUAACAAAACCCUGCCGGCAUAUAAAUGCGACUGGUCCAGGGAAUCCUCCUCCAGUUUUGGUGCGACCGGAGAUGAUGAUAAUGUUGUCGCGAAGCCCGAUUUAGCUGGCACGGAUGGCAAGAUACGCUCUUCAUCAUAUGGAUUUGGACUCUACGAACCAAGCCCAGUGUACCCCUUGAGAGAGUCCAAGCAGGCAGAUUGGGAGGUGCAGGAGGUGUUGAUGGCCGCUGAUAUCUUGAUGGGCAUGCAAAGGACGAGGUGAUACGGAUGAAUGUUGGGUUGAUGCGUUUAGUGCGAUUGAAUUCUUCAUUGUCGUCGUAGCUGUUAAGAUACGAGUAUUUUGUGGCAGUCAUAUAGCCUAUCAUUUGUUGUCGCACGGUUUUUCGUUGGUCCCAAAUGUCGCGUUAGUACUACUGUGAGGCGUCUUGAUCUUGUCUAUAAUUGUGCAUGGCUCUGCCCCG